AUGGCCCCAAAUCAUAGUCCUGCAAAUGCAAACUCGCAAAAAUCUCGCCUUCGUGCCGCCAAAGCCUGCAAACGAUGCAGCCAACGGAAAGUCAAAUGUGAUGCGAUGAAGAAUGGGCUGCCCUGCAGUCGGUGUCGCAUGGACAACCACGACGACUGUGCUUUGAUUCUUUCGCGACGAGGUACCUAUGACCGCAAGGGCUCCCUGCGCCAGAUCCACCAUCGAAGGGUAGAAGACCCUUCUUUGGCCACCGAAUCGCACCCGGCGCCGCCGAACAGCGAGGCCGUUGAGAACAACCAGAGCAUCAACGAGCAGACUCACAUGGCCAAGACGCCCAUCGACAUUCAAGACAAUAGUCCGGACUUGAAUUCUCCCCUUGAUGCGUCGAAUGACCUGUCUCUCGCUGCCCAAUUCGAAGACUUUCUCAAUUGGCGAUCUCAGAAUAAUGGUCGGUCAUAUGGGUUAAUCCUCCUCGGGGAGCCGUCCCCGCUGACCUUUGCUCUGGAAGAACUCUCGGAAAACUCGAGUCCUCAACUACACAAUGCCAGUGAACAUAUUCGAGACAGUUCUAAUCUGGAAGUCCUACAGCAGGACAUCUAUCCGCCGCAUCUUGACACAGCAGAUAUUGCCUAUCUCAAAGCAAAGGGGUGCUUUCGGCUUCCCUCGCCGCGGACGCUCAACGAUCUGGUCAAGGCAUAUUUGACGUGUUUCCACCCUCACUACUCCAUUAUGAACAAAUGCGAAGUGGAAAACUGCCACCGGGAACAAAAACUGCCCUGGAUCCUACUCCAUGCGAUUUGUUUUAUCGGGGCUACCUUUUGCGAUGCCUCAGUGAUCUACCGGUCAGAAUACUCGUCGAGGCUAAACGCCCGUCGGGAAUACUACGACAAAGCAGCACUCUUGUUUAAAGUGGGAUACGACAACGACAAGAUCAUUCUCCUCCAGACCGCAGUCAUCCUCAGCUUCUGGGGCCCCCAUAUGCAGAGCUUUUGGAACCCCUGUUCGUGGAUCGGGUUCGGGGUCACCCUUGCCAUCUCCUUGGGCAUUCAUCGCUCGGCCGCUUCGUCAAAUGCGCCGCGUGGCGACAAGGGCCUCUUGCGAAGACUCUGGUGGACCCUUGUCGUUCGUGACACCUACUGUUCAGUGCUUCUCGGUCGACCGUUCCGUAUCAAUCUGGUGCAAAGUGAUACGGGGAUGCUGACCGUAGACGAUUUCACCUACGAAAGCCACGAGGAUGCUUUCUACCAGACCCGUAUCACAAGUCUGUCCAUAAUUCUGCGAGACAUUAUGCAUUGUCGUUUUGGACCGGGGGGUCACAUUCUCACCUCGGAGACUGUGCAUGGGCAACUAGACGAAUGGCAUUCGAAUUUGAACCUCGCACUCGAGCGAUGGAAACGCAGCGCGUCGCCCCCUUUCACAUGUUCUACCACUUUGGAGCUUCUGUAUCACUACUAUAUCCUCCUUCUCUACAUUAACAAUCCGACCACCAACCAGCAAGCGAUUUUUCCGCGAGUGAUAUCCAUCCAACAGGACAUUCUUCGUUCAGCCGCCAUUUCCAUUGCUUCUAAAGCCGUCACCCUCUUGACCAAAACCAAAAUCUGCAAUCUUCCCCACGAGCUAUUUCCAGCGUUUUUUGUCGCUGGGAUCGUUCUCUUUCGACAUAUGAAGCAAGAUGACGAUCGCGUCGCGCAUAUGGCACAAGCAAACCUGGACAAUUGUCGAAUCGUACUCAAUGAGACCCACGAGUCGUGGGACCCGGGUCAUUGGGCAAUGCAAAUUUUCGACUUCCUGUGCGCGAACCGUAAGGACGGCUCACAAACUACCGCAGACGGUAUUGUCCAGCCUCGUCUAGGGGAUCAAAUGGGUGCGCAGCUGGACGGGAGCGACGAUGUAUCCACGUCGGAGGGGCAUUCUGCUAAUCCCGAUGAUGGUCUUCUGUUUGGCUCGAGCUGGGAGUCGAUGAUGAUGCCGGAGGAGCUUACGGGGCCAAUGGGGAAUUAUUUGUUUAUGCCCAGUCUUUUCCCCCCGGAUGCGGAUGGCACUCUUGCCUUCUUCAAUCUGCUUUCCAAUUGUGUUUCUCCUUUUUCUCCUUUCGUGUUUGUCACUAUCUUUAUCGGUAAAACGUGA